CUAUUUUUUAGUCCGCCCGCGAACUAACAAACGUAACCAAGGAGGUCUAGAUUGCCACGGCACUGCUUGAGGGAGGAAGGGCCAUGGCGUGUCUUCGUGUGUUGCGUGCCUACGCCAAUUUUGACACUACCCGCAUGCUCUUGUCGAAGUCAUCACGUUGUUGUUCUCCCUCUCCGACCGCACUUGUGUGUGGUAGAGUUUUGGAACCAGAUAGGAUAUCUAGGUUUGUUACGUUAGUUUCGGGUGCCAGAAGCAGUGUGAGAGCUGGCUUGAAGCGGAGUUCGGGUGGAGUCGUUGGAAGCUGGGAUCUCUUUGUCUCUCCCAAAUUGGAUGCUGUUCGAUCGAAGGUCUCUGUUGGUGACAAGCACCUUGCAAGCAGUGGAGUGCGCCAUGUUUCUGGGAUCGGAAGAAGUUGCGCAGAGCAUGGAGAGAUGGGGUCAACUUCAGCGGUUGCUGCAAAUGGUGGUGUCGAGACUGCAGCCAAGCCCCGCCGUUACGCAGUCCUAACUACAGGUCAUGCGCCCCCGUAUUGCGUAGACUCAUACGGUGGUUAUGGCCCGAUGUUCAUCGCGAUGCUUAGCGAACCUGGAGAAGUAUGGGAUGAGUAUUUUGUUUUGGAAGGUCAAUUCCCAAGCCCUGAAGAGCUGCAGAUGUACGAUGGAUUUGUGGUUACUGGGAGUCGGCAUGACGCUCAUGGUGACGAGGAGUGGAUAGAGAAACUAUGCGGAGUUCUUCGACACAUAAAUUACAUGCGGAAAAAAUCCUUAUGUGUGUGCUUUGGCCACCAGGUUUUGAGUCGUGCUUUAGGAGGAAAGACGGGGAGAGCACCCAUAGGUUGGGAGGUGGGAUUGAGGGAGAUAAGCCUUACGAAUGCAUUUUUCUCCAAAUCAUAUGCAGCUGGGGUCCCACCUAAAUUGAAAGUAUUGGAAGUGCAUAGAGACCAGGUUAUGGAGAUACCUCCAGGAGCAGAGCUUCUGGCAUCAUCAGGAAGAACAGGAAUAGAGAUGUUUGCGAUGGGAGAGCAUGCACUGGCUAUUCAAGGCCAUCCUGAGUUCUUUGAAGAUGUCGUCGUUGACCUCCUUGAGGGGCGCCUUGCUCCAAUGAUGACAGAAGCGGAGAAAAAGUUAGCCGAAGAGUCCUUGAGCAAAGGGAAGCCAGACCAGAAGACAUGGUAUCAAUUGUGCAAAACAUUUCUGAAAGGGCGCAAUGAAUAAUACUGGUGCCAAGGGUAUUCCACAAUCCCGAGUCUCAAAUUCAUGGAGGUACAAUCAUUUGUGGUCAAUAUCUAUGCAGACUCUUACUGUCAUCAUUGGGCGCAAUGAAUAAUACUUCUACCAUCUAGAAUGUUGCACAUCUUAAUUUUUUAGGGGAUCUUCUAGACGCAGCGUUCCACAGAGGUUGGUGCGAUUGUCUGGUAUGUUGCAACUAAUUAGUGUAAGGACUAUCAAUAGGACUAGGUUGGCUUAUAUCUGUAGACCUUUGAUGCGUCUGUUACUGAAAUUGAUCGGCAUUUGGUUCCGAACUUGAAAGAUUUCCAGGGUGGAACGGAGAUCAAUCUAUCAAGUUAUUCAGUUAUGAACUAGGCUAGAUAACAGCAUAUCUAUCUAUAUAUAUAUAUAUAUAUAUAUAUAAGUCCACAAUCAGGUACUCAGUCCUUCGACAGUAUAACAAUGACAGCUUCAACAGAGUGUAUCACUACAGUAAAUCCGCCGGGUGCAUUUUAUGUUGUUUGUGUGAUCUACCUGUUCCAUCGCCCAACCCACCUGCUGAUCAUCAGGUAAUACUCAAAUUUCAAUGCAACUUUUAUUGGAAAAUUGCUAGGGACUAUUGUUCCGAUGGUCUAGUUGACGGUGGUUGUUAGCAGUGUAUCGACAGAAAACUUGAAAUAUCAUAUCCAACAGUGAAAACUUCAAUCUUUUCA